AUGGCUCCAGAAAAGAUUACAUUCAACGACCGAGGGCCUGCCAUCGUAGGCGCUUUGAUCCCUAUCACCAUCUUGGGCACCCUCUUUGUUGUCUGGCGGUUGAUUGUUAGCUUCAGAGCAAAGGGGAAACUCACUUUGAGCGACUAUCUCAUCAUCCUGUCCGUGAUCCUCAACAUUGUCGCCAAUGCCUUCUCCAUCAAAUCCGCCUACCAAGGCCAAGGUCGCCACAUUACGGACCCUUCCAUUCUCCCAACGCUCGUUCAGUGCUUCAAAUCCAUCUACAUCGCCCAAGUCACCAACGUCUUCGGCAUGGCAUUCCUGAAAAUGAGCAUUUCCUCCUAUCUCAUCACACUGAACUUCUCCCCGACGUACCGCUGGAUCAUCUGGCUUUCUCUUUUCUUAGUCGUGACUUGCAACUUCAUUCUUCCCAGCAUCGUGCUGUUUGGCAACUGUCGCCCCCUUUCGCUGCGCUGGAACAGGAAACAGCCGGGAUCCUGCUGGCCAAAGCAGGUCAACGCGGCUAGCGGGUACACGCAGUCUGCUUCGAACAUCGUCACAGACAUCAUCUACUCCGCUUCGCCGCUUGUGUAUCUCGCGUCCGUGCAGCUGGCGAAAAGCACACAGUGGGGCCUACGAGCCGUCUUUUUGCUGGGACUCCUCGGCACCGCCUGCUCCAUCGCCAAGCUCUUCAAGCUCAACUCCCUCCAAUCCGCCAAAGACACAACCUACGAAUCCGUCGACCUGACCAUCUGGUCGUCGGCCGAAGUCGGCAUGGGCCUGAUCGUCUCGUGCCUGCCGCCCCUACGCAAGACCUUCGACACCUUCCUGCGCCGCAUCGUGCCCAACCUGUCGUCCGGCACGCGCGUGACCCGCGCCAACAACUUCCACCUCAAGAGCUACGAGAUCACCAAGCCGACGAGCGUGGUGCACAACUUCGGCGCCAAGGACAACGACAGCGAGUGGGCGAUUCUGCCAGACGAGCCGGGGGAUAUCGCGGGCGGGAAGGCGGUGGGGAAGGGGAAGGGGAUACUGCGCACGACGGCGGUGGAGGUGGUAGAUGAGAGUAGCCAUGGGAGCCAGAGUGGGGGCAGUGCGAGUCGGGAUAGUUUUCAGCGCGGGGAGUGGAGGGGGCAGGGGGUGGGGAGGUAG